UACCGGCUCCUGAGAGAGCAGCAGCUAUCCUGACAGAUCACCUGGAGAGAGCAUUCAGGCAGAGGUCGUCAAAAUGAAAGCCCUGGUUUUGUCCCUCUCCCUGCUCUUCCUCACAGGGAGCCAGGCUAACUUACUCUGGCAGCAGGAUGCGCCUCCCCAGACCCCGCUGGAGCAGGUGAAGGACAUCAUCACUCUCUACCUGAACAACGCCAAGGAAGCCGGCAAGGAAUACGUGUCUCAGUUGGAGUCCUCCUCUGUGGGCAAAGAGCUGGACCUGAAGAUUUCAGACACACUGGCUUCCCUGAGCACAGCCUUCAACGCUUUCUAUGAUGAGAUCAACCCUGCUUACCAGGGCCUGAAGGAAAGCCUAGUGAAGGAGACAGAGGGCCUUCGCGAGGAGAUGUCAAAGGGCUUGGAAGAGGUGAAGAAGAAGAUUCAGCCUCACCUGGAAGAGUUUGAGAAGAAGUGGCAGAACGACUUACAAGCCUACAGGGAGAAGGUGGGCCCCCUGACCCAGGAGCUGAAGGCAAGCGCCAAGGAGAAGUUCGACGACCUCCAGGAGAAGCUGCUCCCCUUGGGCCAGCAGCUCCGAACCAGCGCCCAGGACCACAUCGAGACCAUCCGGGAGUACGUGAGUCCCUACCAGGAGAAACUCAAGGACAACCUGAGCCAGAAGCUGCAGGAGCUCCGGGAGAAGGGCCUGCCCUCUGCCUCUGAAUAUCAGGCCAGGAUGACCCAGCAACUGAAAAGCAUUAAGGACAAGGUCGUUCCCAUCCUGGAGGACCUCAAGGGAACUGUUGACCCCGUUUCACAGAAAUUCAAAACCGAGCUCCUGACCCUGCUGGAGGAAGCCCGGAAGACCUUGACCACCACCCAGUGAGAGGGCCAUUCUCUGUCCUCUCUCAGGGAUGUGCUCCAAUCCAAGUGAUUCGCUAUGGGUCACAUCCAGACAGAGCCAUGGUCCAAAAACAAAUAAGGCUUCCAAGGUGGGCUGCUGCCAGCCCCCACCCUAGUCCUGCUGUCAGUGCCACCCGGAGGCCCCAGCGGUCUUCUUCUCACUCCUUCCCUAACUCCUGGGAUCUCAAGGAAGCGACAGAUCUGGAGAAGAACCCAUGGAAACCCCCCAGCUGGGGUGUGCGUCCAUGUGGUGGGGAGAGAAGAAGGGGGUGAUCCUCUCUCCCAGCUCUUCAGCUCCCCUUCCUCCCCUUCUCAGACUUUUUUCCCCUUGAUUUUGUGGAAUAAAGUUGUCUUAAGUUAUCAA